AUGAUGGACAUUCGAUACAAAAUAAAAAAUCGGCCCACAACCGGGGACACAAUGCCCAUAUCCCCGGUUUUUCGGCUCAAUUCUGCGGGGCGAAAAAUACCCAUUUUUGGGGGUAUUGCGGGUUGUGUUGCCUUGAACCAGCUCAACCGUUGAAUUUGAUGAACUAACGGCUUGUACGCAUCCUGUUCUGAGUCACAAAAAAAAAAAACAAAAACACAUAGCCCAGGGGGCAAAAGUACAGCAUUCCCGGGUUUGUCCACAACUUGUCCGCCAGCCAUUCCCGCCUCCCCCUCGACGUGCUGUUUGACAACCACGUUACCUGAAGCACCCUCGUGACCCGUACUGAACACUCAACAGUUCGAAAUCAGUUCCACACAAAAAUUUCAAGCCAUUCAGAGCUAACUUUAGCCCGAUACCAUGUGGUUCUCUGCACAACAAUACAACCCCCACCUCCCCGAAGAAACCUAGACAUCCACUACAGGUGUCGGCGUGCGGGUUCGUCCCGAUCGCGAUACGGACGCCGGCG